UUAACUCGGUUUAUAAACGUAGCAUGGUGACACGAUAUGCCAGUCCUCUUUUGAUUGCCAUUCGUCGUGUCAGAAAAUCGUCACUGAGAAAUUUCAAUUGAGACAUCACUGAUCAACCGGAACGAUGGAGGUAGCAAUUAUAGUUGCAUUCGCGUUCCUCAGCAUGUUCACGUUCUGCGAGGACACGUAUGCUCUUCCCGAUGACGCCAAGACAACCACCAUGAAGGAAAUAAAGGAACCUAAGGACAUAAAGGAAGCGGCGACCGCGUCGAAGGAUGUAAAGGAUGCUAUCAAGGCUGCCAAGGACGCGAAGAAAAAUAAGAAGGACUGUGCUCGAGAAUGCGGGAACGAUUAUGAUCCUAUUUGCGUUCACGAUCCUGCUGACUCCAACUUCAAACCAAGGACUUUUGGCACGCAGUGCGCUUUGGAUGUUUACAAUUGCGAAAUGGGCACGAAAUUGGCUGUGAAGAGCAAAGGAGAGUGCCCUGGAUCCGGCGGAGUAAAACUGUCUUAAACAAUUGCUCGAUUUCAUAGGAUCAUCGUGAAACCACAAAAUAGAUCGUCAAAUCAAUCGUUAUAUCUUAUUAUCGCGAGUUUAUUUAGUUUGAGUAAAAUAUCGUAAUACAUUGUGACCUGAUGGCACUCUUUCCGCGAUUAUAGAAUAGACAGAAUUUUUUAAAAAAAGAAAACACUAGAUAUAUAAUUACGCGAGAAAAUCUCUUUGACAAUAAAAUUGCCCACCAAUUACACGUUAUAUAUUUGCAAUUACAUAAUGUAAAAGUCACAGUGUAUCUAUCUAAUAAAUAUUAAUAAUGAGCAA